CAUCUCUUGCUGUAUCCAUCUGUUUUUCUGCUUCUGGGAGGAUGCUUUGGCUUCUCUUCACAUUCCUUGCACUUUUUGGUGGUAAUGUGGGACUCUGGCCAAGGGGCACCGACAUUUCUGCUUUCGGCAUACCUGGAUGACCAAUUUUGGAGUUAUUACGACAGCAGCACGAAGCGGGCCCUUCCUCGAGGACCCUGGAUAAAGAAAGCUGAGGAAGACCCCUCCUUUUGGGACAUCUACACUGAGCAAGCAUCACGUGUGGAGCUGCGUCACAGGCGUCACCUGCUCGUCCUGGGGAAACACCACAACCAGAGUGAGGGGGUUGUCAUCUGGCAGAAGAGGUUCGGCUGCGAACUGGGCGAGGACAAGAGCAAAAGAGGGUAUGACCGGUGCGGCAACAAAGGGAGGGAUUUCAUGACCUUUGACUAUGAAGCCCUCACCUGGAUUGCACUUGAUGCAGAUGCAGAAGUGAUGACCAGGGUGUGGAAUGCUGACCCAGCCUUUAUCCAGAAAAAGAUUGUGCAGCACGAGGACUGCAUUCAGAUGCUGCAGCGACUCUGGGAAUAUGGGAAGGAAGCUGUGCUGAGAAAAGAGCCCCCGGCAGUGAAGGUGUCACGCAAGGUGAGCUACGACAGCCUGGAGACCCUCACCUGCCGUGCCCACGGCUUCUACCCCAAAGAGAUCAAUGCCACCUGGAGGAAGGACGGGAAGCCUUGGGAGCAGGAGACCUCUUCUGGCGGUGUCGUCCCCAACUCAGACGGCACCUACCACACUUGGAUCAGUGUCAAGAUUGAACCCAAGGAUAGGGACCGCUACUGGUGCCAUGUGGAACAUGCUGGCCUGUUGGAGCCUCUGGAUCUGCCCAGGCAGGAGUCUGCCUCAGUGGGUCGCUUUGUGGGAGUCUUCUUCGGGGUCAUGGCUGCCAUACUAAUGGUGGCUGGCAUCAUAUUUUACAGGAACAAACAGCAGGAUGGCUGCAAAGGCACAUCAACAAGUAAUGGUCAGACAGCUCUGGCCGUAGAAAAAGCGAGGGAAUCCCAUCCUGAAUAACAAGAGGAUUUCCGCAUCUGGG